AUGUCAGGUGGUUCGAGUACCGCGUCUGGAGCAACGUCGUCAGGGAGUUCUUCUCGUCGUCGAGGUGGAUUCAUCAUGGGAAUUCCGAAGAGAUGCUGGUGUGGUGAGGAAAUUCUUCCCUUGAUGUCGAAAUCCGACAACAACCCUAACCGAAGGUAUUUUCGUUGUGCUUAUGCUGCAAGAAAAAAGCUUGAGAAUGAUAACCAUGUCUUUAAAUGGAUUGAUGAGGCAUUGAUUAAUGAGGUUGAGACACUUGAAAGCAAGACAAUGAGACUUGAACAAGAGUUAAGAGAGAUAGGAAGAAAAGAGAUUUUGGUGGCUGAAAGAGUUAAAAUGGAGGUGGAGAAGGAGCUAUUGGAUAGAGUGGAAGAAGUCUUGGCUGAAGCAAAAAACAACAUGAAGAAAAUGAUGAUAAUACCAAUCAUUGGAUGUGUUGCUAUUGUAGGUAUCAUGGGGCUCUAUCAUAGAGCAUGGUGA